GCAAACAUACUUAAGCAUAAGCGAGUAGAGAAUGGACCACGAUGCAGGCGCCAGUUGCAGCUCGCCGGCAGCACUGCCGGGACUGUUUCUUCGCUCCGACACGGCAUCCUCGGCUUCUACGUUGUCGGCUUCUACGUUGUCAACGGCGCCGCCUGGUUGCCCGGUUGCCGGCGCGCCGCUGGUCCUGCUGCGCGACUGGAGCUGGGGCUGUCGCGUGUGGCUGGUGUGCCUUUUGAUUUGGUUCACCGCGCAAUGGACGCAUAGGCUCGUGCUGCCGGCGCGGGUCGGCUGGCCGCGCCUCGCCGCGUCGCUGCCGGCGCUCGCAGCGCUCGCGGUCGCGGCGCUAGUGUUUGACCCCUACUCGGAGCCUCUGUCCACCAUGACCACCGCAUUCAUGACCCUGCGUAUGCCCGCCACAAAGCUGCUGGCCGCUUGCUACGGCCGCGGGCCGCUCGCGGAGCUGCCCGCGGAGGGAGGGUCGGCGCCACACGGCCAGCAGGGGCGGCGGAAGGGUGGACGUGGAGGCAGCGUGGGGCCCGCCGCGGCGAGGGGGAGAGGCGUGCUCGGCUGGGUCGGUGGGGCCUGGCGUCGCAUGACCAGCAGGCACGGCUGCAGGGGAGCAGGAGCGGAGCCCGCUGGUGGCUGGAGCGGCGGCAAGGGCAGCGGCGGCAACGGCAGCACUUGUGGCAGUCGCGGGAGCAAGUCCGACAGCGGCGGCGCACUCGACGUGUGUGUGCCAGCAGAGCCACUCGUCACAUUCUUCCUGUUUGCCCCGGUGGCGCCGGCGCCGCCGCCAUGCCAGUCGCGGCGCCGGCAGCAGCAGGCGGAGCACUCGGCCGGACCCUCGCCUUCAACUUCGUCCCCAGGAGGUUUGGAAGCGGCUAGCACAAGCAGCUCGAUCUCCCUCAGCAGCAGCAGUAGCAGUGGCAGUAGCAUCAGCCGCAGCGGCAGUAGCAUCAGCAGCAGUGGCGCUGGCAUCGCGAUCCUUGGCCGCCGGCUGCUGCAGCCGCUGCAUAGCAGCGCCGCCACCAAGUGGCUGGAGUUGGCGGCCGCCGCCGCCGCCCUGGCGGCGGUGUCCACCUUGGAUUCCUGGAUCGGCAGUAUCAGUGGCAAUGGCAGUAGCAGCCGCAGCUACACGGAUUUUGUGCGUACUGCUCACACCGCUGGCCCUUCCCCAUUCGCUCAUCAGCGCCAGCCGCCGUUGCUGCUGCACUUGCUACUGCCGCCGACGGUCCUGCCCCACUACCUCUCCCUGCUGCCCUCCCGCGCCGCCACUGCCGGCCCUGCCGCCGUGCUGCUGCUACGGCUGCUGCGGCGGCUCACGCGCGGCGGCGCGGCGCUGUGCCUGCACGCGGUGCUUGCUACAGCCAUGGCGGCGGGCGUGGGCGGCAUGAUGGAUUGCAUGGCGGCCUACUGCUACUGCCGGGGCUGGAGCGGCGACGGCGGCGGCGGCUGCAGCGGCGGCAAAUGCUGUGGCAGUAACCGGCAGGAGCAUGGACAGCAAAAGCGGGGAGAGGAACUGCGGGGUGAGACGGAGGAGGAGGAGAAGGAGCAGUGUACACGAGGCGACGAAGGGGUGGCGCUGGUGCGGCCUUUCGACAGCCCCCUGGCCGCCACCAGCCUGGCAGACUUCUGGGGCCGCCGCUGGAACGUGACUCAGAGCCGUGUGCUCAAAGGCCUCCUGUACGACCCCAUACUAGAGGGCAGCUGGCAGCCCACACACCACUCCCUGCUACAGCCGCCUUCGGCGCCGCCGCGGCAGCCGCUACAACCGGCGUGCCCCGGAGGCGGCAGUAGCAACAGUAGCAGCAGCACUGGAAGCAGGGCGCCUAGCGUCGGCGAGGAUGCGGGUGCCGGCGCUGGUGUUGGCGCUGACGGGGUUGCCGACCGCAGCAGCAGCGCCGGCAGUGCUCGGAGCGGCAGUAGCUGCGCCAUCGACGGCGGAAAUAGCAAUGGAACCACCAGCUGCAGCCGCAGCUCCAGCAGUAGUUCGGAGGGCGGCGGUCGCGGCAGUAGUAACGCCGCCGGCGCAUCUAGCCGCUCCAAUAGCAGUGGCUGCGACAUGGCGGCGGCAGGUAGCUGCUGGACUGGUGGUGCUACUGCAGUUCUUACUGCACAAAAUGGAACCUCCAUCACCGGUAGCGGCAAUGGCAACGGCAGCGGCGGCAGCAGUGGCAGCGGCAGUAGCACCAGUCCUGAGCCGCCCACAAUGCCGCGUCACCAGCAGCAUGACGCGCUGUCAGGCGGACUGCACCGCCGCCGGGUGGCGUUCCGGCAAGACGCGGCAGCUGCGGAUGCUACUACUGCCGCGCCCGCACUGGCUGCUGCUGCCGUUGCUACUGCGGCGGGUAUUGGUGCCAGUACCCGCAGCAUGGAACACGCGCCUGCAACGGCCGGUACUGCCGCUGUGAGUACAAUGGGGCUGCAGUCAGUGCGUUAUGGCAGUAGUGGCGGCAACGGCCGCGGCGACGGCUCUCCCUGCUGCCCUGUUUCCUCCGCCACUGGGCACAGCAGCAGCAGUGGCGCCACCACCACCUGCAGCCUCGAGGCGCACGACCGCACACCACAAGACUUACGUGCACUGCCUCAACAACACCAGCAUCAACAACAACACCAACAACAGCAACAACAACGCCAACAACAACACCAACACCCAGAACACGGUCGUCACCCGCAGCAGCACCCGGCAGACCCCUAUCACCAGGCCCGCAAGGCGGCGGCACUACUGGCGGUGUUCGUGUGGAGCGGCCUAGAGCACGAGCUGUUCCACUGGCUGUGCACUCGGCGCCUGAGCCCCGGCGGCGGCUGGUUCCUCUUCUUCGCCGCACACGGGGGGCUGCUGGUCGCGGAGUCGGCGGCAACACGCGCCGCCCGCCACUGCGCCCGCAGCCUAGGCCUGCCCUAUGACACCACCACAGCCCUCUCCAGCGGCGCCUUACCUCAUUCGAGGAUAAUCUGCAGCGCCAGAGGAGGUGCCGUGGGCCGCGCGGCGGCGGCCGCGGCGGCGGCGCUGCUGCCGCCGCCGAUGUGGUUGCGGCGGCUGCUGACGCUGGCUGUGCUGGACGUGACGGCGGCGGUGUGGUUCUUCCCCGUGCUGACGGAGCGGUGUGUGGUGCGGCGAGUGGCGGCGGCAGUGGCAGACGUGUGCCCGCCGGCGCUGGGGCAGCGGCUGCUGCACGCGGCGGCGGAGCUGGGCCGGCAGUAGCGGAUGGGGCUGGGCAGUGGCAGAUGGGGCCAGGAUGGGCGCGUGACCAGGCAGGGCUAGUCAUGGAAGUUUGGUUGCGAGUUGCGACAGCUGGUCCUUAGCCCACCCAGAAGAUUUGGCACAAGUUGAAGGCGGCACCGCAAAGCUGGCGGGGAGAAUUCGGCCCACCGGGGUGCGGAGAAGCUGCGAAGGCGAUGUGGACUGAUGAAGCGAUUAGGAGUGCUUUCAGGAGUAAUUUGGCAGUUGUUAGAUGUAGAAUGGAAGCCGGAACCGAUAGGCAGACUAGCAUUCAUACAUGCAGGGAGAGUGAGCGGACGUGAAGCACAUGCACGCGUGGCACGGUGGCGGCUUUACAUUGCACAUGCAGGGGUGGCGGUGGCGGUGUGUGGGACGCGUGAUGGCGGCGGUUAGCGGCGGUUGCAGGCUCCCAACAACAACAAUAACAAGCGCCACUGCGCGGCGAGGAUCGGCAUGUGGGCAGGGUGUGGCCGUGACCGUAGGCAGCGACGUGCCAUGCUAUAUGAGGCCC